CCCGCGUUCUCGAACUCUAUCGCUCAAGGCACGUUGUGGACGAAAUACUAGGCGUGGAGUUCGUCUUUUUGAAUUUCUUUGAAGUUGAAUCCGUCUAAUCUAUCGAUUUGAUCGACAUGGCGGAAACGAAGGAUCUCGCACUAAGUUUUGCCGACGAGGCUUGGAAUGGCUACAAGCUCUACAAUGCACUCAACGUUGUAAAUGUAAAUGUAACACGCAGGUUUGACGCUCCAGAGAUAGAAAACAUCGCUCGGGAUGUCGACAUUACCACAGCUGCUUUGCAGCGUCUUAUGACGUUGAUCACCCAGGACAACGUCAUAUUAUACUUGUCGCAGGAAUCCAUCGAGUACGCCAGAAGUCUCACCAAGCAAUGCGGGCAGCUCUUCAACGAUAUCUAUCUUUCUGCGAUGAAGGAACUAAACUAUGAUAACAAAAACGAAGGGUGGCUCAUUACAACAGAUGCGAUAACUCCGCAUUCGAGAGACAGGAGAGCUUUAAUUCAGCACCGUCGGCUUGUGCACUUGAAGAAUAAACUGAUGCUAUACCUCAAUGUAAUUGAAUUGGCUAUUACACAAGCAUCUGGCGGAUUUGAAGAGUCCUAUUUCACUGCCAAAAGGGAGAAGAUCCGACAACUCCAACAAUGCGAGCAUGAAUCGUUCGGGGAACUCAAAAAUUUGUUUUCAAACCUCCAAGAACCACCAUCCCAGAGUAGUACAAAUCCGGGCGAUUGGGAUGUGAUGCUAAGAGCCGAGAUCGAGGCUCGUUCAAGAGCAGGGACUUCGGCGGGCAAGUCUGCGACAAUUGCUGUAGACGCCGGGAAGCAGUUCAGCAAACUUCCACAAAGGCCUCUUCCUGAAAGCAACCAAGCACGCCAAGGGGAGCAAUCGGAAAGACUCGACAGUGUUACCUUGCAGAAGGAUUCUGGAGCGUCACAGAGCACCUUCAAAGCGAGCACAGCCAACCUACAAAAAACCCAUCAAGAAAAAGAGGCCGAUUUGGGUGAGAAAACUCCCGCUCCUACAUCGACAUUACCAAAUCAGACCAUACCCGAUCACUCCAGCACUUCCACCUCGACAUUACAAGAUCAGGCCAGCUCUUCUGCGUCAACAUUACACGACAGCACCACUAAACCCUGCGAGCGCUGCUUUCAAUUAAAGCUAGACUGCGACGGAGCAUUACCAUGUUGGGACUGCUACUCAUCCGGAAACGACUGCGAAGACCAAAAGCCACAACCAGGCGAAAAGCGCACCCACUCCGCCAUGUCCUCACAAGACGUCGGCACGGAGCUCAUUGCCGAACGGGACAACUCGCUCGCGCGAAACGGCGGAUAUUUGGAACUGGAGCAAGACUUCUUCUCGUCCCGGGCGCAGAUGGAGAAGCCUUCGGACCCGCAGGAAGUCAAUAGGAUCCGCUUGAGGGACCACCAGAGGGGAAUUAUGACGCUGAUCUGCGGCGUGAAUCCCAACCGCAAGAAGAUGUAUCGUGUGUCUGAUGUCAAUCUCGCGCAGACCGGUACGCAGGCUUCUUCGACGACGCCGGCACAUUCGUUGCGGAAGGAAGACAUGGCGCAAUUUGACUUGCCAAGCGAUUGGGGAGACAAGUAUGUUGGAGGUAAGGAUGAUGAGGGAGAGCCCGUAGCUCAGGAUUCCGAGGAGACGGAUGGGUCCAAUCCCAGUAGUCGUGAAUCAGUGCCCCAGCCUGAGCGAGCUAAGUAUGCCAAUACAAACGAGGAAGAAGAGCCGCUGUUCGUCAACCCCAAGCAGUUCGAUAGGAUCGUCAAACAGCGAAUGGCUCGCCAGCAGCAGAUGAUGCGGGAGCAGAACUUGGCAUCGUUUACCGGGCCUCCGGCGUUCGUAGCGAAGGUAUCCGAGCCGCAGACGGGUUCAUCGGAGACUGCAGUUUCUCCAGAGGGCCCGAAGAGUGGCACAGAGCAGAGCGGCACAGAGACCGCCGGUGGACAGCAGGAAUCAGAGACAGGACAGGAAGAUGUUGUUGCCAAUCUUCUAGGGAGGUGGAUUCGUCCUGAGGUUGCUGCGAAGUAUUCUAUACACUGAGAUGUUGUUUCAUAUGGUUACGAUUUAAUCGGCGUGUAUCUAGACCGGUGGUUUAAUGGAGUAUAACGAUAUGCAAAUGGG